AUGUCCUACUGCUACAUGUGUAUGAUUCUGUGUGUAGACCAUCAGUCCACUGAUGCUGGGACGACGUCCUUAGUACCACCAUACACGCUCUGCCAAUCUCUUCGUCCGCCAGUCCCGGCGGAUAAACCCCCAGCCGACCACCGAACACAUACAUGGUCAACAACAGCCCAAGACUCCUUUGACCAAACGACUGUCCCAUAUAGUCAACAAGCUCAACCAUCUCAAUCAACCAAACCUCUCUCUGUCUCUGUCUCCAACCACCAUCAGCCCCCAUCCCCCCCUGGCCAACAAGCAUCCACUCUCGCUCCAACCGUCACAUCAUCGUCUACCCGUUCGUCGUUUACUUGGUUCAGCACGCACGUGAUGGCCUUCAAUCCACCUGGUCAACAGCGUCAAGGGCUCUUGACCAACAAGCCCGGCUUCUCUCUCUCGCACAAUCGAAAUCCAAUCCACCAAAACUCACCAACACCUGGAUCGAUCCAUCCAAUCCAAUCGAAAACCACUGGCCCCGCCGGUAGAGGUGGGGCUGCGCUCGGGCUCAAUCACUUUGGAAAUACGAAUGGAAUGGCCGUUGGACAUCUUCCUUCAUCUCAUUCUCAAUCCCAACAACAGCUCUCCAACCAGCAGGAAGCAUCACUCGAUCCAUCCGAUUUCCCAGCUCUCGGUGCUGGGGCACCCAGCUCAACCAACCCAUCCCAUAAUGCUCUGUCCUAUGCUUCCCAUGUGAACGUCUCAACCGCCAACGGACUCCCCAGCGAUAGGACAGUCGCUGCAACCCUGGCUGGUCAGCGCACAGAUUUCACUCCAGAUGACUUCCCAGCUCUGGAUGCAACAGUCAACCAACACCACCAACAACAGCAACAGCAGCAGCAACAGCAGCUCAGCGGAUCAGAGGGCACAGUCAGGGAAGCAAGAGAACAAGCCAGCGCUGCUGCCGCUCUGACUGCUCAGAUGGCAAGGCUCAACGUUGCUCAAAACAAAACGGCUGGAAUGGUAGAUUCUGACAAUCGGAACUUUCCCAAUAAGCCACCUCCUGGUUCUAAUGCAGCUUUCCACGGCUCAGUGGUUGGAUCUUCACAUCUUUCCAAUGGGAUCGGAAACCUCAACUCCCACCAUCCGCUACAAUCUCAGGCGCCGGCCCACCUGAGUCUACAGUCGGGAGCUAUUACAUCAUCAAAUUCCCAUCUUCACAGCACCCUGCGAUCUCCUAUACCACCGAACCUGACAUCGAUGCAACCACAUCGGCCAACCAACCUGGGCAAUUAUCCCUCGAACAUCGGCCUAGCAAAUGUUCCCACCACCAUGAUCCAUACACCUGCAUCACAGAACCAAUCGAUACAAGAAUCAGGGGAAGCUAAUACUGGAGUCGAAAACCGAUCGGGCGGCUCAGAUCCGUCCUCCCAGCCAACACCCCUGCUCGAUCACGCCGGCAGUAUGGACUCGAUCUCUCAGAACGCAAACUGUGUUUCCUCGGUCGUCCCGUUCUUUGCUCCCCAGACACCCGCCGAACAGGUCCUAUUCGGUCCGGCCGAUCGGUUUGGAUUGAUGAACUUGUUACAAAUCAUUCGGCACGCUGAUGCAGAUUACUCGAUGCUGGCUAUGGGCAAGGAUCUUACUCAUCUCGGACUUGACCUGGGUUCUUCCGAGGCUUUGUAUCCCAAGUUUAUGAGUCCUUGGUCGGAUGCCAAGCAAGUCGCUUCACACGCCGUCGAACCUGAAUUUACUCUACCUGCCUGUUACCAUGUUCAGCCACAGCCAGUUCAAACCAAGUUACCACAGUUCCAUGAAGAAACCCUCUUCUUCAUCUUCUACUCGCAACCUCGAGAUUUGAUGCAAGAACUAGCAGCACUAGAACUGUAUAAGAAAAACUGGAGAUACCACAAAGAACUUCAGUUAUGGCUAACCAAGGAAUCCGGAACUGGACCGAUGGAGAAGACUCCUCAUUAUGAACGUGGAUUUUACGUCUUCUUUGAUCCGAUGAUCUGGAAACGAGUUACCAAAGAAUUUGUCUUACAAUAUGAUCAGUUGGAGGCUAAGCCUGCAUUGGCUACCAACCCAGCAGCCCUACAAGCGGCCACCCAAUUAUCAUUAGUAUACACGAGCAACGGGCCGCAUGGAAAAAACUCACUAGCAAAUGCCGCAAACAAUAACUCGCAGCAACAGCAACAACAACAACAACAACAACAGCAGCAGCAGCAGCAACAGCAACAGCAGCAACAGCAAGCAUCUCAACAGCAACAGAACGCUUCAAACGUCCAUCCUGCUCAUCACAUGAUGAUCGGUAAUAACCUCCCUUCUAACUUGGUUCCUGCCUAGACUUUCUUAGACCCAUGUGUGUCUUACUCCUUCUUUACUACUUGACUCUCCCACUCUCUCAAAACGCUCAGCUCACAUAAAUUACCUGCACUACUUCCAAAAAAGAAGAAGAAAAAAACUCAACUAGUACUAUUGCAAUUGUUUUUUUUUUGUCUUCAUGUGUGUUUGCUGUGUGUUUUGAGUCAGUGAGAGUCCCCCCCCCCCUAAGCGUGCUUGUACCAUGUAUUCACUGUGACCUUUUUUUCUUUCUUUCUUCUUCCUUUAUCCUGUUCUGCUUUUCUCUCUCUCUUUCUUUCAAUUUAACUUCUUCAAAACAAAAUAACAAUAUCAACAUGAACGCGAACAAGAACAAGAAGCAGAACAACAACAACAACUGUCAACAACAACAACAAGCAACAACUGAACUUGUCUUUGAUUUCCUGCAAGUAAACUCUUGUUUGUUUUGGCUCUUUGGUUGGUGUUUUAUUCACAUAGUUGCAUCACUAAUGAGAUGUGAACUUCUGCAAAGUAACACAAGUAGCAGUGGUAGUGGUAGCUGUAGCAGUAGUAGAAGUAGGAAUAGAAAAAGUAGCAGUGGUGGUUCCUACCAGCCAAUAAGUAUGACAUAUGUCUCUUCUUCCUUUUUA